AAAUAUAAGACAGAGGCUCCAGUGUGGGCAAAAAUGACAGAAAACCUGUGUGGCAUCUCAUACUACCAAAUAUCCACAAUGUUUCAGUGACGUUUGAAAGGUGUCUGCAUCAGAGCAGUGGAGAAUACUAAAAGUCACACAUAUCUAAAGAAGGCUCAGAUGUUCUAGUAAACCUGGAUGGAAAAGCACAACCUGACAUUGAUGAAUGAAUUUAUUCUCAUGGGAAUCACACAACGUCCUGAACUGCAUGCUCCAUUAUUUGGACUCUUCCUCCUCAUCUACACAGUCUCAGUGGUGGGCAACCUGGGCAUGAUCAUCCUCACCAUGGUGGACUCCAGACUCCAAACACCCAUGUACUUCUUCCUCAAGCACCUGGCUCUCAUUGAUCUGGGUUAUUCAACAACCAUAGGGCCAAAAAUGUUAGUAAGUUUUAUUGUGGAAGAAAACACAAUUUCCUAUUAUUUGUGUGCCACACAGGGAGCACUCUACAUUAUGUUCAUCGUUAGUGAGAUUUUCAUCCUGUCGGCUAUGUCCUAUGACCGCUACGUGGCCAUCUGUAACCCUCUGCUCUAUCCAGUCAUCAUGUCACAAAGGCUGUGUCAGGUGCUGGUGGCAAUCCUCUAUCUCUACAGCACAUUUGUGUCCCUGUUUGUCACCAUAAAUAUUUUUACUUCAUCCUUCUGUGGCUACAAUAUUGUCAAUCAUUUCUACUGUGAUUGUCUUCCCUUGGUAUCCUUGCUGUGCUCAAAUAAGCAUGAAAUUGAACUGAUGAUUCUGAUUUUCUCAGUUUUUGAUUUGAUAUCAUCCCUUCUGAUGGUUGUUGUGUCUUACUUGCUGAUCUUGGCAGCCAUCAUCAGGAUGAACUCCGCUGAGGGGAGGCACAAGGCUUUUUCUACCUGUGGGUCUCACUUGACGGUGGCCACAGUGUUCUAUGGGACUAUGAUAUUUAUGUAUGUGCAGCCUGAGUCCAGUCAUUCCUUUGACACUGAUAAAGUGGCAGCCAUAUUUUACACCCUUGUUAUCCCCAUGCUGAAUCCUUUGAUCUAUAGCCUGAGGAACAGAGAUGUAAAAUAUGCUUUCCAUAGGCUAUGGAAAAAGUUAUGCAGCACCUUUCCUUAAGUUUAUUGUGUACUAUAAAUGAUAAUUAGCAUUAUACAUAUCUAUUCAUUCUUUCAGAAGGAAAAUAGAAGAUAAAUUCGUUCAUAAUAUGUAUCUAGAGAUUGAUUUCUGUGUACCAGACAUACUUUGAAGUGUUCAGCAUACACUGAAAUAACAUAUAUAUUUCAUUCUUGAGGGAAAGACAAGAAUUGUAAGCAUCAUAAUUAGGCAAUGCGUUAGUACAAGAAUGAGUCGGGGGUCUAUAACUCUCUCCAAGCAAGGAGUGUGGGGAUGCUGUGUGGCAGAGAAGAAGACUACCUGGUACAGAAAGAGUUAAAAUGACUCCUGUGUUAUUCUCAACUAUCGCAAUAAACGUUUUAGUGUCCA